AUGGACUGCUUCCUGGAAGAGGAGGACGAGGAGGCGCCGGUGGUGGUGGGGAAGAAGAGGAGGAGGAGCUCUGGCUCCCAGGCGGCCCUGCAGCCGCCCCUGCGCUUGCCCUUCCUGCCGCAGCAGCCGGUAUCUUCCAAUGAACACAAGUUAAACUUCAAGAAAAGCAAGGAAGCAUGUUUAAGUUACAUCCAGGAUGCCUUGCUCCAAAAGCAGUGGAAAAGGGCUGCAGAGUUCCUGACCUGCUAUAUGGAGUCACUAGAGAAGGACUAUUCCAGAGAACACAUUGGUCCAUCAGAGAUGAUUUGGAGAGUAGGAACUGAAAUUUUAUGGCAUCAUUCUCAAAGCAGCAUGAAAGAGUUCAACUGUUUCAUGGAACAGAUGAAAACUUUAGGAGUAAAAAGGUACUUGAAGGUCUGCUUGGAGCAUGUCUUUCAUCUCCUCUGUAAUGGGCAAAUAGAUGAAGCCUACCAGAACCUGUCCCUGGCAGAGAGCUGGAGGUUUGGAGAGCAAACAGCCAUUCAGGAUAAGGAAAUGAAACUGAUUCAGGCUUACAGAGGACUCUUGGACUACUAUAGCUGGUCUAAGCAGAAGAACAUCCUGUUAGAGAAUGGUGAGGAUGGAUUUUCAGACUUGGCUGUUGAGCAGGAAAUGCACGGUUACUUUCGGAAGGCAGCAGUGAACUUGAAGGAGAUUAUUAAAAUUCCUGGAGUCUGGGAUGUCUUUGUGAAAUGCUAUGUGGAUUUGUUGGAGUUCUAUGGAGACCACAACGAGGCCCAACAAGUGUUAAAUGAAUAUGCCUACAACUCCAAGUUCCCUGCUAACCCCAAUGCUCAUGUCUACCUCUAUCAGUUCCUUAAGAGGCAAGGUGAAUCAAAGAAAUCCCUCAUAUCUGCUCUGAAGAUCUUGCAUGAUAUUGUUCCUUCUCAUGAACUAAUGAUAGAUUUUAAUACCAUGCUUCAAAAAUCAAAGAAAAGAAAAAAACGUCGACUGGGCCUAGAAGUUAUUUUUACAGCCUUGGAUUAUGCUGGCUGGAAAGAAAAUGCAAAAGCAUGGAGCUGUUUGGCAAGACAGGUGAAACAAAUUGUAAUCUCUGAGAAGCAUCUUGACUGGAUCAAGCAAGAGUGGAACUCCAGGAAGGACUGGUGGCCAGCCUUCCAUUUUAGCCAUUACUUGGCAAAAAGGAAUUGGCAGGAAAAUAAAAGCCUUUCAUAUGAAAAAGCUCUGGUCGCUGGAAUCCUACUGGGAAAGGAUUGCAAAUACUUCAAAUAUGUAUCACAUCAAGGCUGCAAAGCUCAGCUGAAGAGGUUUCGGAUGCUGAAGAAGUUUGUGAACAGACACAAUCUUGUCUACCUGAGAAUAUCUGGUCUUCCAGAUUCCUCUGUUCAGCCUUGAUAAGGUGGUGUCCUUAAGGUUCUUGGUGUAUUUUUUCCUCUCUGUAAAACUAACUUCUAUGUUGGCUACUCCAAGACUUCUAGACAGACCCUAUUGACUCAGUAUUAGAGUUUUUUAAAAAUAUAUUUAUGUAAAAACACUUUGGUUUGUAUUUAUUUUAUAAUAAAAUUAGUAUAAAUCAACGGAUAAUUAUCAACUGAUAAUAUCGAAGAAUUUCUGUAAUGUUACUCUCAUAUUUGUGUGAAAUGCAAACAGUGUUGAUUGCAAAUACAUCUUGAAAGAGCAGAGGCACAGAAA